UCCUUUUGAACUACCACUUUGUUUUUUUUUCAAUCUCCGGCGGAUUGAUUCCGAAAUGUUCCGCCGUCUCUUACCGCACUCAAAAUUCACCUCCUCCAGCAGGCGACACCACGAUGCGCCACUGCCGCCGGGAGUUGAAUUCAACACCCGGCUUUUAAUCCGCCUCCUCUCCCUCCUUUACUGGUGGACCGCUAUCCACCGCGGAAACACUUAUCCGCUAGCUCGUUCACUUUGACCGGUUCUUCCGGCAGAUAAGGCACCACAACUUACCUUGCACCUGGCCAACCUGGUCGAAAUCCUCCCGCACUCCAACAAGCACCAACAACAACCGACCUGGAUCAAAAAAAAUCUGAUUUGACAUGUCAAAUCGUGAACCAAAGUUUAUAGUACAGAAAAGCCUUAAAUUUAGUCUUUUUCUAAGUUUUGCACUAAGUUCUAAAAAAAAGCCUAAAAUUUAGGCCCAAAAAAAGACUAAUUUUUAGGCCUUUUUCUGACAACACUGACCGAACUUCAAAAAAGGCUAAAAAUAAGUCUUUAAAGACUAAUGCCGGUUUUCCGUGUACAAUUUCCAUAAUUCAAAAACAUGAAUCAAGUUACACCAGAACCAUUUGCGCGGAAUUUGCUAAUUUGUCGCGUUUGUGAAGCCCCGGAAGAUUUGCAGCCGCUUUUCAGUUCUGAUAUCGAAAGCGAUCUUGCCGCGAAAAUGGUUUGUUGUGCUUCAGUCCAGAUUUCCCAGAACGAUGGUCUUCCGCAGCAUCUUUGCAGCACCUGUCGCAACGAUUUGGAGGCAGCUUAUGCUUUUCGCGUACGCUGUGAAUGUGCCGAUUCCAACUUCCGCAAGCUUCUGAGUCUCAAAUCAGAACCGUUCGCAGAAGACGGCGACAUCAAAGAGGACAAAACCGCCACUUUCGAGGAAGACAUAGAUUCGGACGCUCCCAUCAGUGAGCUUCUGCCAAAAUCGGACACAGAUUUGCUUGACGACCCAAGCAGUUUUCACGAAGAGCAAGAAGCCAGUGACACCGGUGAAAAGGACUCGGAGGUAUUUACUUGUGAAACUUGCGGUAAAGUGCUCUCUACAUUCCAACAGUACCGAGCGCAUGUAAAAACCAAACAUGAACAACCUCGCAAAUUAACCGAAGCGCCAAAGAAAUUUGGUUGUGACAAAUGUUCGCUAGAGUUCAAAUGCCAAAGUGCUUAUCAACGUCAUAUUUCGGCAGUGCAUGAAAAACGAAGAGAUUAUCUGUGCAAAAUUUGUGGCGAAGCAUUCGCGGAAAAGUACGGGCUACGAUCGCAUCAAACAGUUCACGCGGACGAGCGCUAUCCGUGUUCCAAGUGUCCGUCGACGUUCAAGUGGAAGCGCAGCUUGAUUCACCAUGAACAGUUGCAUCUGCCGCCGGAAGAGCGGGAUCCAAAGCUGGUGAAGAAAUAUAAGCCGAGCAAAAAGAAAUAUAUCUGUUCGUUUUGCGGGAAAAUUUCCAACAACAUUUCCUGUCACGUUGUGCACGAACGUUGGCACACGGAUGAACGGCCUUAUAACUGCGUGACGUGCUCCAAGAAAUUCCGCACAAGCACGCAACUGAGGAAACAUGAACUAACUCAUACCAAUACAAGAUCCUAUGAGUGCCAAGAGUGCCAUAAAUGCUUUAGGCAGAAAUCACAUCUUGUGACUCAUACCUUAGUUCAUACACAGGAGAAAAAUCAUGUUUGUAAUAUUUGUUCAAAGGCGUUUUCAUUGAAGGCUUCUCUCCGAGCUCACAUGAAGUCACAUGAUAUUUUUGUGGCAAAUAAGUGAUAAGAUAAGGACAAGUUUCGAGCGUGCAAGCAGUGAAAUAAUAUAAAGAAUCG